UAUUAAGCCUAUAAAAUGUGUUCUCAGGAGAAUAUAUUUGAGUGGCAAUUUGCAAUAAGGGGACCCUGUGAUACUGAGUUUGAGGGAGGCGUCUACCAUGGACGAAUCCAAUUGCCUGCAGAAUACCCAUUCAAACCUCCCUCAUUUAUGCUGUUGUCGCCGAACGGUCGUUUUGAAACGCAGACAAAGAUAUGUCUUAGCAUAUCAAAUCAUCAUCCUGAGCACUGGCAGCCAUCAUGGAGUGUUCGGACUGCUUUAGUAGCUCUAAUUGCGUUCAUGCCCACCAACCCAAAUGGCGCAUUGGGCUCAUUAGACUACAAGAAAGAAGAAAGACGUGUUCUGGCUGUUAAAUCUCGUGAAGCUGCCCCAAGGUUUGGUACUCCUGAAAGGCAAAAACUAAUUGAUGAGAUUCACGAGUGUAUGUUAAGUAAGGCACCGCCAGUUCCACAGCCCAAUCCCACACAGGCUUCUGAAGAACACCCUGCCAACGAAGAGGAUGAAUCAAACCAGAGCCCUCUAGAGGCUGGUGCAGUAGCUGCUGGGGAAGAACUUACAAAUCCAGUUGUGGGUGAUAGGAUCAUUGAAGAACAGCGUGGAGCUCCUUUGAAUGCAAAUCCCGGAUCCGCUGAGCUUGGGGUACCUAGACAGGUUCCUGCUGGACCCUCAAGGGAGCAGCUUUUGCAGAGGUCGGUACCAAGAAGGGUUCAGAAACCGGCUGAUGAUCGCUUGUUCACAUGGGCUGCUGUUGGGCUCACCAUUGCCAUCGUUGUUCUCUUGUUGAAGAAGUUUUUGAAAGCUAGCGGACAUGGUGCUGUCUUCAUGGAUGGAUCGUAGAUAUGGUGGUGGUUUAUGCAAUUGAUGGAUAGUAUAUUUAAGAUAUUAUUUUAAUUUUUCUACCUAACUGGAGGGAUUUGUACUACAUCACUCUUGCCUCUUCUUGUUGAUACCCCAGCCACAAUAUAAAUAUGUCAUGCAUAUUCGGACUUUUAAGCAUAAUUUAUUGGUUUGUUAUUAAGACUAGUAUGAGGUUUUGUAUAUAGUGAUGAACAUGAAUGGGCUAAGCUAAGCGUGAAGUUUGAAUUGCUGUAUCUCAAGGAAUGAAUGAAUGAUUGGCUGUGUUUGGAAGA